AUCGACAGCAACCCCAUCAACGACUACACUACGAAACUCAGGCACCACGAGCGAACCCAGGAACUCCGAGGUGACAUCAACAAACAGCAGCGGCAAACUGAAACUGCGCACCGCCAACCACCAUGCCAUCCAUAACCACAGUGCACGAGUCUCUUCCAUACAUUGAUCCAGACCCAACCCCCUCCGAGCGCGCAGCCGCCGAGGCACUGAUCGCCCAGGAACGCGCCCUCGUCCCCGACGACGCCAACCACGCGCUGCUCCCGCUCCCGCCAAAAGAAGCUCAAGACUCGCCCUUCCUGACGCCUCUCCUGACCGCCGAGCUCCAGCGUCUAGCCUCAUCAUCAUCAUCAUCACCAGACCAAGACUCGUCCAAAUCCAAACUCAACGCCCUCGACCUCUCCCGCUACGAAGCGCCCGACCCGCCGUCCCCGACCACGCUCUCCCGGCUCCCGGCAAGCGAAGCCUCCGCGCAACUGCAGACCUCGCUGGCGCGCACGUACGCGUCGCACGCCUACGUCGCGUCGCGGCGCACCCACCUAGCGCUGCUCGACACGUACGGCAAGAACGCCUGGCUCGUGGGGAACUACCAGCUCGAGGGGGAGCUGAAGGCGCUGGAGAAGGAGCUGGCCGAGACGAAGCGGGAGAUUGAUCUGCUCACGCUACAGCGCAAGGAGGCGCAGGAGCUGGCUGGGCCGGAGCUCACGUCGCUUGAGGAGACGUGGAAGAGAGGGGUGGGCAGGGUGUUGGAGACCGAAGCUGCUGCGGAGGCGUUGAGGAGGGAGGUAUUGGAGUUACGGAGGAGGAUGGCUGCUGCGGAGCAUUGAACAAACCGGGGAUGCUAGGUGGAUGGUGGGUGGUAGGGAAGAGAUAUUAUACAGAUUCACGUAUCUUGAAGAGGCAGGUACGCGACGGACGAAACGGACGUGUUCGGCAUAAGAUGCUAGCUACAGUACCGGAAUGUGCUCUCACAACGAUGGAACCCUAAAAGGGUGAUAGUAAAGUGAAUGGGUGUAUUGUAUGCCCAUACAUAAUAUCUUAAA